GCGAAGGAGAUCGAAGAAGAUCAGAGAAGAUAUGGAAUCGGUAGAUGAUUUCAGAAGGAUGACAAAGCUCAGGGAGUGCGUUUUCGGACUUGUGGGAGACGGCUUCGUGAUUGCGGCGGCGGAUGCGUCCCCGGGGUACAAUUUCACCGGCGACAAUACCACCGAGGAUAAGAUCACCGUCCUCGAUUCUCACAAGCUAGUCGCCGCUGUUGGUUUCCCGGCGGACAGGCAUAAGAUCAUGCAUUCCAUAGAGGAUAACUGGGAUGGGAUCACUUGGGCCACUGAGUCCACCGCCAAUUUCAUCCGUGCUAAGCUCAACAAUGCUUUGAACAACGGCGAGGUUGAGAGGUUGAGCAUGCUAGUCGCGGGCUAUGACGAAGUGGAAGGCCCUUCCCUUUACCAUAUUGACGGCAAUGCUUCAAUGAAGAAGGUUGAGAAGGGGGUUUUUGAUGGCAAUGGGUGCUAUUAUAACCUCCGAAUGGUGAACAAUCGGUACGAUAGAAGAAUGUCACUAGAAGAUGCAAUUCGUUUGGUCGAUGAUUGCAUGGCGGAACUAAAAUCGAGGCGGGUUAUGAAGACACCAUACUAUGGUGUCAAGAUCGUUGACAAGGAUGGAGUGAGAGUACACAUCCCAGUUCAGAAUUGUGUGAUUCGUUCUUCCCGCUAAUUUUUCCACCAUUAUCGUUUUGGUGGAAGAAUUGAUUGUGAAAAAGAUGGGUGGUUUUCCCGAACUACCGGAUCUAUCUAGUCUAGAACCAUAUAUGAUUUCCAAAAAUUACUAUAAAUGUGUGAUAUUGUGAUUCUGAUGCUUUCAUGUCUUUUUCUUGCAAGUGGGAUGUCACAAUAUAUGUGGUCCUAAGAUGUCCAAUUUUAUUUAUCCGUAUUUCAUUAAGCUCCUCUCUAAGAAUCUCACAUUGGUGGUGGAUGUGUUGUGCCAUGUAAUAAUAAAUUGCUAUCUACGCU